AUUUAAAUUAGAACAGAAUGCAGUGAUUUGUAAAUUAUCUGAGUUUAAUUAAAAACCAUAAACAUGAAAUGCUGAAAGGCAGAAAAUGUGAUAUUUAUGAAGAUGUUACUGGGAUGAGUGUCUGGAAAAUAUUCUCUGGUCAUAAAUCAUCAGAACUGACUUCACGCCAACACGUCGCGAUCUAAAGAACCAGCUGAGGAGCCACGUCUGUCGUUCUGAAAGGUUACAGAGACAUAUUUGAGGCUUUGAGGGUUGUUAUCCACACAUGGAGAAAACAUGUGCUCAACCUUCCCAGGAGCGACCAGCCCGACAGCAAAGACCUGCAGGCCGUUUGAGUCCCGUUACAUCUGCAUCAGACGAACAGCGUUUCAUAAAGAGAACAUCCCAGCAGCAGCAGCCACGGCGGUGGUGUUGUGAUGGUCUGGGCUGCUGAGCUGCAGACGGCGACAGCUGCGCGUUUCAUGUUCGUCCUAGAAGACGCGCUGGCGAGGAAGUCAGAGUGUCUCUGCUCGGAGACUGGAUGGACUUUUUCCUCUCACUGAGCUUUUUAACCUUUUCUCUUUUCUUUUUUUAACCUCUGUGAAACUUUGCCUCAUCUUAGCUUGAAACAAGAAGAAUAACUCAGUGUAUUUCACUACAUUCAUGCUUAAAACAUUAAACUUCUGCUACAACAGCCAAAGUAAUUUGCUUCUCGAGGCUUUACUGCCAUAAUACAUUCAGAAUAAGAGCUAAUAACUCAAGACAAUGAAAAUAAUAUAGUGCCAAUAGAGAAAGAGAGAGUGUGUGUGUGUGUCACACUGCCGUGAGCCUCGUGCACCUGCUAACAGCGAACAGCGCAUCACUUUUUGUUUUUUUAGUUGUUGUUUUUGCUCAGGAGCAAACUUAAAAAAAAUAAAAAAAACACUGAGCCUCUCCCUCUCUCUCUCCCCCCACCUCCCAAUCAGGCACGCGCCUCCGCGGGCACCAGCAGCAUUUAAAGCGCGUUGCGCGCACACGGCCCGCCAGUCGACCCUCGGCGGCGGUCGGGACCAUGAGCACGAGGAGCUCCCGGCAGCUCGGCGCGCCGGUACCCUGUCUUGUGCCCUCGUGCGGGACGUGACGCUCCCGGGCGGCAUGGCGGAGCCGUGGAACCAGAGCGCCGCGUGGAACCGCUCCUCGGCGGGCACGAGCCGUUUCAGCAGCCUGGACGACAUCGACGUGCCCGCGGACGGCUCCCCGGCGCUGCGCAUCCUCAUCUCAGCCGUGUACUCGCUGGUGUGCGCCGCAGGGCUGUUGGGAAACCUGCUCGUCUUCUUCCUGAUGAAGGCGCGCGGCGGCCGGAAGAAGCGCUCCAGCAUCAACCUGUUCAUCCUCAACCUGGCCGUCACGGACUUCCAGUUCGUGCUCACCCUACCGUUCUGGGCCGUGGACACUGCGCUGGACUUCAGCUGGCCAUUUGGCAGCGCCAUGUGUAAGAUAGUGCUGACAGUCACCGUCAUGAACAUGUACGCGAGCGUCUUUUUCCUCACGGCCAUGAGCGUCACGCGCUACUGGUCGGUGGCCUCGGCGCUGAAGGACCGGACCCGGCGCCGUGUGUGCCCGGUGCGCUGGGUUAUCGCCGCGCUGUGGCUGUCCGCGGCGCUCGCGUCCCUGCCCACGGCGAUCUUCUCCACGGUGAAGAGCGUUGCCGGCGAGCGCCUGUGCCUGCUCGCCUUCCCGGACGGUCAGGCUUGGCUCGCGCUGCACCACCUCCAGAAGAUCCUCGUGGCCUUUGUGUUCCCCAUGCUCAUCGUCAGCGCGUGCUACCUGCUGCUGCUGCGCUUCGUCCGUCUGCGCAGCAUGAACAACAACCAGGUGAAGCGCAGGUCCAGAGUCACGCGCUCCGUCACCAUCGUGGUUCUGUCGUUCUUCGUGUGCUGGAUGCCGAACCACGCCAUCACCUUCUGGGGCGUGCUGGUUAAGUUCAACGUGGUCAACUGGGACAAGACCUUCUACAUGGUGCACACGUACGUGCACCCGGUGACCGUGUGCCUCGCGCACACCAACAGCUGCCUGAACCCAGUGCUGUACUGCCUCAUGCGCCGGGAGUUCCGGAAGAAAAUGAAGGACCUGUUCUGGAGGAUCUCCUCUCCCUCGGGGCCGAGCACGUGCCACCUGCGGCCGUUCUCGGGGACGGUAAGGGCGGAGCCGGAUGACACGCAGGUGGCCAUCCCGCUGAACAACGUGGAGACAGAGAACUGCCGCCUGUCGGUGCUCACGGACCAGUGCGCCACGGACGCGCUGCGCAGGUGAAGAGAGGGACGGACCGCGCCGAGCUGCAGAGCCGUGGACUUGACGUGUUUUGAUCGACGGGCGGCUCGGGACUUUUGUGACUUUGCAUCAAAGGGAUUUAUAAACGCUCACAGUCUGAAGCUGUGGCGUGGACAGAGAGCGGGGCCGUGCGUAAAUACGCGGUGCGUAAAAGCGCACAAAGCCAUCUCUGUCCUGUGACGUGUUCAGAAUCAGUUCUCUGUGCAGACUUGAUGUUGGGGGGUGGGAGGUGUCGGGUGGGGGUCAUGCUGCUUCUGCUGCUUCCCGCGUUCUUCUGUGGAGUGUUUUUGGCGCUCGUGGCUGCUGUGUGUUCUGUAACUACGUGAAUGUAAAAAAUCUAAAGAAACCUUAAAAACAUGUUUCAGAAUAAAAGCAUUAGUGUUGGCAUCAGUGUCGCUGCUGUUUGGUGACCGCGGACAGGCGGGGGAGGGGUCCGGUCCACUGACUGCUGGCUCGCUCACAUGACUCACAGGCGCGCGCUUGCGGUUCCCCUCUCUACAUCUCGGCAGUGUGCACGAAGAGGAACCGGGGAAACGUCAGAAACGCUGAUUAAUGACCGCGCUGUGGUCACCGAUUCCCGGGUGGACUUUCUUUGACCCCGCAUAUGUUUUAGAGUGUGGAUAGUUUCCUCUGCCGGUGACGGCAGCAGAAAUUAAAACCUGUGACAAGCAGAAGAAUUUUCCGCGUUCGUGUCUGAAUACAUCAGCGCGCACAGCCUCUGCUCUCCACACGGAAAAGUAAUCAGGAUGUUUACCUCUCAGAAACCACGGGAGCUGGGAGGUACUGGAGUUUAGAAGUGUGAGAUUUUCUACUGAACUGAUCAUGCUGUCUGUCCGUGUUUCCGCUCCGUCCGGUCCUAAAUGUCCUCGUUCGCUGUCGGAAUGCGCGGAAGGUUUUGGACCUGAGCAGAAAUCUUACUGAAGCACAUCUGUGACACAUUAAAAUCUGGAUCUUAAUUUACAGGUAACACACACACGAAAGGCGCAGACGUGACAUGAAUUUAACUGUGUAGAUCACAGCCAGCAGGGACGGCGUUAGAAAGAGAAGAUCUGGUCGUAAAUAUGGAAAAUUAUACUCACACAUAAAUAUGAGUCUCAAAUAAAUGAUUUUCAUCAUAAUUGACCAUAAAAAUGAAGCGUGUGACAUUCAACAUUUCAUGCAGAUCGAACCUAAAAAGUCCAAAUGUGCUUGUUUACAGGCUCUAAUGUAACAUUUGCUCCUGUUGGGCUCUUUGCUCUAUCUCGGCUCCUCUGCUCACUGUGAUGAUGCUCAGUGUUACUGACAACCUCUGCUGCCUCUUUUAACCUGUUGUUAGUGAACUCUUCUCUUCCCGGAGAAGCAGUAACCUUGUGAGAGCUUCAGAAUCAAAGGCGAGGUGUCUGUUUGGGAUCAUUGAUGUUGCCGAUCAAAACAUGAGCGUUUCUAAAGCCAAGCUGAGUCUCACACUUUGUCUCAGACAUUUAACCCACGAUGUCUGAACUCUAAUGCAGUGAAGCUCUCGGACUUUACUGCACGCGCACGCGCGCACACACACACACACACACACACCGCCUGGUUUCAGAUGUGAGUCAAACCUGAUAUGGGGCUGACUGUGGAUCUUUAGUUUAAAUGUGUGUUUGAAUGAUCGCUCCUGGACUUUCCACUCAGAUGUGUUUCAGGUAGAUUUCUACUUGUGUCCACACACACCCGUCCUUCAAAGAUGCUUUCUGUCACUUCCUUUAAAAGACGUUUAAAACCUUCCAGAUGAAAUAAAGCUGUGAACAGAACCCGAAGAAACAACUGCUGUGACUUUUGAGCUCAUAUCUCAGAUUUGAACAGUUUCUCUUCAGAGCAGCGAGGUGAGCGGAUUGAUCCAAAUAUCUAUAGCACUAAUACCAACGCUGGUGCUGGUAUCAGAUCAGUAUUUUUUACUUUAACACAGCCCACUUGUAUGGAGGACCACAAGAGCCACGCGCAUCGAAAUAAAAAUUUCUGUGCUUUAAUAA